AGGACGUGAGUGUCAGAUUUCAUUUACUUCAAGGUAUCACUGGGUUAGCUUGUUGUACAUGACGAUCAACCGACUGUUUUCAACGGCACCUUUGCUUAUCUCACCAAAGGCAUUCAAUAUUUUCGACAGUUUAUUACCAGAAUACUUUAACCAUGUCUGGAAUGCAGUUUUUGUAUUCCGAAAAUUCCUACAGAAUACUUUCCGGCUCCAUUUGGUGAUUCGACAGUAAUCCAUUUGUGGGGUUGCUACAAAAUACCAAAGAGACAAGAGUAUCUGAUGACAACCUUAUGCCUCAUAGCUACAGACGAGAUCAGCUACAGCGUCGGGCAGGUAGUGGAGAAAACUCACAAGUUGAUGCAAUGUACCAGGUCGUGCCAGGAAAUUUACCUGCUGCUCGAGAGAAACAAUCCAAAGAAGUUAAGCCUUUGAUCUGUACUAUUUUACUGGGCUUGCUGCUGGUAAUUGCAGCAGUAGUUGCAUGGUGCUAUUACACUGCAUCAUUGAAGAAAUUAAACAGCUUCAAAAUAGAUCAGUUGGAGCUCUAUAAGGAUGGUUUUUUCAUCAAGAAUACAGCUAACAUUGUUUUAUUUGAAAUGGGUUUCAAAUCUGCUCCUAUUGACCUUGAAUCAUGUUUUCAAGAUGAAGCUGGAAAUGAGGUAAACUGCACAAAAUCUGGUGAAGAAAAGGUGGACUUCUUUGUCAAAGCCUUUAAACCCAAAGCUACCAUAACUUGUUACAACAUUGAAUGGAAGACAGUCGUAUUGGACUCUGUUGUUGAACAUUGCAUGUAUUGGGCAGAUGGACAUUGGUAUGGAGGAGCAGAAACUAGCACACAGCAUUGGCCUAUCAAAAUUUCAGGCGUAAUGGAUCCUAAGCCAUAUAUAACAGGUGAUGUGUACUCAAUACGUGAUGGAUUUGGUGGAAUUCUAGAAAGGUAUUGGAUCUCCUCUAAAUCUGUAGCUGUUCGAGUUAAUGACUCAGUCCCUCUGCACAUUGGUUGGAACAGCACAGAUAAAGAAGCAUUUUGCCUGCAUGCUCGCUACAAAGAUUCUCCGUUUCAGCCGACCACAGGACAACAACCAUUUGUAGAACUAAGUUAUCAAGUUUGUAUUGGUUCUGAUUUAAAAAUUAUCCACAGAUACAUGGCCAAAAAACAUUUCAGAAAGCCUGAGAUUACACCUUCAGAAUUGAUGUUCAGGUACCCUAAAUGGUCCACGUGGGCUCUGUUUAAAACUGAAGUGAACCAGGAUAAAGUUUUGCGUUAUGCAGAAAAAAUCAAGAAGUAUCAAUUCAAUUUCAGUCAUAUUGAAAUAGAUGAUCAAUACUCCAGUAGCUAUGGAGAAUUUAACUUUGACCCAGUGAAGUUUCCAAAUGCUUCAGAACUCCUUCAAAAGCUCAGGGAUGAUGGGUUCCAGGUGACGUUAUGGGUGCAUCCCUUUGUUAAUUAUAAUUCUCCCAGUUUUAUCAAGGGUGUAGAAAAUUCUUAUUUUGUGAUGGAUCCCAGUGGGAAAUUUCCUGCCUUUGUGGAGUGGUGGAAUGGGAUUGCAGCAGUUUUGGACUUCACCAAUCCUGAAACCACAGAUUGGUUUCAGAAAAAAUUGGAGUACUUAAGGUCAAAGUACGGGAUUGUGUCUUUCAAAUUUGAUGCGGGUGAGACCAGUUACCUACCUGCAAAGUUUAGCACUCACAAGCCUCUGUCUGAUCCGAGCUUGUUUAGUAAAUUGUAUGCAAAAAUUGCAGCUUCAUACUGUAUGUUAGCUGAAGUGAGAGUAGGCUACCACACACAGAAUCUCCCCUGUUUCGUUCGUAUGAUUGACCGUGAUUCUGUUUGGGGUUAUGAGCUUGGCUUAAAAUCCCUGAUUCCAACUGUCCUCACCAUGGGUAUUUUAGGAUACCCCUUCAUAUUGCCUGAUAUGAUUGGGGGAAACGUUUAUCCAAACAAAACUGAUGGCCUUGAUGAGAUUCCAGACCGUGAGCUUUAUAUUCGCUGGCUCGAACUGUCAGCUUUUCUUCCAGCUAUGCAAUUUUCCAUUCCUCCUUGGCUUUAUGAUGAGGAGGUUUUGAAAAUUGCACAUAAAUUCACUCAGCUCCGAGAAAGUUUAGUUAUGCCCCUUAUCCUUCGGCUCGCAGAGGAAACCACUAAGACAGGUAAUCCAAUUAUAAGGCCCCUUUGGUGGAUUGCUCCAAAUGACAAAGUGGCACAAAAAGUAGACACACAGUUCCUCGUUGGGGAUUAUCUUAUGGUAGCCCCCAUUCUAGAAAAGGGUAAAGAGGCAAGAGAUAUCUAUCUUCCUGAUGGUAAAUGGCAAAGUUUUAAUGGAGACCUUUUUGAUAAGACACCAAAUUUGCUAACUGACUUUGCAGUUGACCUUGAUGAAGUGGCCUAUUUCAUCCGAAUGAUCUGAUUUGCCUUUUUUUAAUUUGGUGUAUUUUGGAUAACUAGUUAAACAGGAUUUUGUUUUUUACUAAUAAUAGUAUGUGUUCAGCUAUUUUUAAUUCCAGGAUUAUCCGCAAAUAUAUGUUAAUAUUAUACUUGGGCACCUUUUAAAAUUUGAGUAAAUGGAGAUUUUUUUUUAAAAAGUUCGCUUUCCCUAGAUGAAACGGUCAUCUU